AUGAAGCGAAAACUGGACGAAAACAACGAACCCACGCUCAUGCCCCAGACUGCCCCGGAGUCUGAGCCUGACAAGCCUGGCAAGCCUGGCACGUCUGGGGAAACCACCGCAAGCCCUGGCCCUGCCUUCUCUGACCUCGCUCUCGAUGCGCGCCUGCUGCAGGCCAUUGCCAGUCAGAAGUACCAGACCCCUACUCUUGUCCAGUCCAAGGUCAUUCCAUUGGCCUUGAACGGCCAGGAUGUGCUCGCCAAGGCCAAGACUGGCUCCGGGAAGACGGCCGCCUACCUCCUACCCGUCCUACAUGGUGUUCUGAAGCGGAAGCAGUCUGACCCGGCGACUUUCACUGCCGCCCUGAUACUCGUCCCCACCCGCGAGCUUGCCGACCAAGUUCUGCGGAACGUCGAACAAUUCUCAGCCUUCUGUUCCAAGGACAUCCAAGCCGUCAAGCUGACAGACCAAGUCUCCGAAGCCGUCCAGCGAUCCAUACUUUCGAGCGCUCCUGAUAUUGUUAUUUCUACUCCGGCAAGAGCAUGGCAGAACAUAAGCAACGGUUCCCUCUCCGUGGACAAACUCACACAUCUGGUUUUGGAUGAGGCCGAUCUGGUGCUGUCAUAUGGCUACGACGAGGAUCUCCAAAAUGUGGCCCGGUCAGUACCCAAGGGACUGCAGACCAUCCUCAUGUCCGCUACUCUCACCACCGAUGUGGAAACUGUCAAGGGCUUGUUCUGCCGUGACCCGACGGUCCUCGACCUUGAGGAGCCAGAAGCUGAAGGAGAGGGCGUUUCGCAGUUCUACGUCAAGUGCGGUGAAGCUGAGAAGUUUCUUUUGGCCUAUGUGAUUUUCAAACUGCAGCUCAUGAAGGGAAAAUGCAUUAUCUUUGUUGCGGAUGUUGAUCGUUGUUGGCGACUCCGGCUCUACUUCGAGCAAUUUGGCAUCCGGAGCGCCAUUUUGAACCCAGAAUUGCCCGUCAAUUCGAGACUCCACGUUGUCGAACAAUUUAACAAGAACAUUUACGACAUUAUACUAUGCUCGGACGAAAAUGAGGUACUCGGAGAUGAAGAUCAACCAUCGGAACGGAUCGGUCAAGACACAAACAAAAACGGAAGAGGAGAGGCGCCGCCCAAGAAGAAGCGGAAGUCGUCCAAACGAGACAAGGAGUACGGUGUGUCUCGUGGGAUUGACUUCCAGCACGUCUCUGCUGUCAUCAAUUUCGACUUCCCAACAUCAUCCAAGUCAUACACACACAGAAUCGGUCGCACGGCGCGUGCGGGCCAACGAGGCAUGGCGUUGUCGUUUGUCGUUCCCAAAGACGAGUUCCGAAAACACAAACCAACCUCGAUUGAGUCUGCGGAGAAUGACGAGAAGGUCCUAGCCAAAGUCCUUCGCCAACAGCAGAAGCAAGGCAAGGAAGUCAAGCCUUAUGUGUUUGACAUGAAGCAAGUGGAGAACUUCCGAUACAGAAUGAACGACGCGCUGCGCGCUGUCACCAAGAACAGUAUUAGGGAAGCAAGAACCAGGGAACUGAGGCAAGAGCUUCUCAAGAGCGAACGGCUCAAGCGACAUUUCGAGGAAAACCCGGCCGACUUGAACCAUCUGCGGCACGACGGCGAGCUUCGAGCGGCGCGGACGCAGUCCCACCUGCGAGCGAAGCACGUCCCCGAGUAUCUCCUUCCCAAGGAGGGCAAGAAGGCACUCACGGCGGACCAGAUUGGCUUCGUCCCGUUCAAGAAGGCUGACCAGAAGAAUCGUCGGUCCAAAUUCUUCAAGGGCAAGGCGAAGAAGGUCAGCGGGCGCAAGUCAGAUCCCCUGCGGACGUUCAAGGCCCGGAAGAAGACGACAUAG